AUGGCAAUUCCCACCCGCCUAAUUCAUCCUCAGCUAUGGAGAUUUCUGGGUUUCUUUUCAAGCCUUGUGGGUCUUCUCUGUUAUGCUCUGAGUUCCUCUUUCCACCAACUAUUUGGUGACUGGAACUUCUUCAAGCUCAUAAUUUACAGUGUGGUAAGUCUAUCCAUAACCAGCUUGUUCUUAUUUCCCAAGAAACGCAGACUCUCAAGAAGUUUCUUGCUCAAAGUUCAUUUAGGUUUCUUGGUUCUGAUGCUCACUACUUUCUACUCUUUCUUCUACGACAAAGCUGUCAAAGGAAAAAAACCAGACCUAUUCAGCUUGAUUUCAUGUGCUUCCUUUGCUUUAAUGUCCUUGAGCUUAUCAAAACAGACCAACCUCGGAUUCGAAGGCGAUCUUCUGAAUUUUUUCCUAGGUUGUCUCACUGUACAAAUGAUGAAAGUCCACUUGAUGCUGGGCUUCAUAGCUGCCAUUUUUUGCUAUUUCAUCAUUGUUCUUCGAUCUCGUCGUUCUAGUACUGAAUCACAAACAAGAGCCAUUCAAGCUCAUGAACAAGACCAAUCUCAGUCACAGUUAGUACUGGAAAUUGAUACUACCGUAAGAGAAACUGAUAACAGUAGUGAUCAUCAAUCACAAACACUACUAAGAAGAAGAUCUGAUGAUGAUGGGUACAAAUGGAAGAAAUACGAAGUCAAACAAGUGAAAGGAAGUGAAAAGCAAAUGAGUUUCUACAAAUGCUCAAUCCCAAGUUGCCCUAUAAGGAAGAGAAUUGAGAGGCAUUUGGAUGGGAAAGUUACUGAGGCAGUUUAUAACGGUACUCAUAACCAUCAUAAGCCUAGGGUUACAAUAGAGAGAAACUCAUCGUUUGAAACUCUUUAUGCAAACCAACCUUUAUUGAAAGCUUUGCUCUCUGAUGAAACCCCAUAUCAACCAUUGGAGACUCGUGACGAGGAACGACUCGAUCUCGUCGACUCGCCGGAGAACUCGUCAAUAUCAGUAUGA